UUGCAGCGCAAAGAAAAAAAGUUCGAACUUAAUGCAGCACAGUAGAACAGCGCAUUACACUUAGGUCUAUAUUGUCAACGAUACAAACAAAAUGGCGCCAGAACUCAGGAAGAGAAAAUCUAAGGAAGCCGGCAUAUCGGCUGCGAAGCCUGCUGCAAAACCCGCCUUUAAAGGCAAGGCCGACACUCUAGCUACCAAACGAAAAGCGGCCGAUGAUUCGAGCCCGAUUGCGGCAAAGAAGUCCAAGUCGAUAAAAGACGAUAGCAAAUUGAAGAAGGUCAACACAGAUCGUUCAGUAAAGACGAAGCUCUCCAAAUCCGCCAAAGAGAGCAAGAAAGACGAGAGUGAGGUCGCAAAUGAAGACGAAGCCCUGCAGUCCUCAGAUGAUGAGCGCGAUAACGCUCAGGCUCUUGCAAAUAUCGUGGAUAGCGACGAAGAAGAUUCUAUAGUCGAUACCAGUGCUCAGUUUCAAGAAGGACAAGACGUAGGCGAGAUCCCGCAAGCAUCCAAGGAACUGCUCAAAUCCUCCAGCUCCAAGGAUGGAGAACGUGGUGUUGUAUAUGUUGGCCGCCUCCCGCAUGGUUUCUACGAACAUGAGAUGCGGUCUUACUUUUCCCAAUUCGGUAAAAUUGAGAAAUUACGAAUGUCUAGAAACAAGAAGACAGGCGCUAGUAAACAUUUCGCAUUCAUCGAAUUCGCCUCCGCGCCGGUGGCAACAAUUGUUUCAAAAACUAUGGAUAAUUAUCUGUUAUUUGGCCGGAUCCUGAAAGUUAAGGUUGUUCCUCAGUCACAGAUUCAUGACAACCUCUGGAAAGGUUCAAACAGACGCUUCAAGAAAGUACCAUUAAACAAGAUGGUCGGUAAUCAUCUGAAGAAGCCUUUAACCGAAUCAACAUGGUCGCAGAAGAUCACCAAGGAAGAACAGAAGCGCAACCAACGCGCAAAGAAACUACAGGACAUGGGUUAUGAUUUUGAGGGCCCUAAGAUUAAGUCGGUUGACGAAGCAACCAGUGAUCCUCCUGCGCUUGAAGGUGUUGAUAGUGAGGUACCGAAAGCCAUCGAGGCAGUACCUGGGACUGAUGCAGCAGAGGCAAAACCGGCCGAGGAAGAAGCAAAAGAGGAUAGCCAUAAUUCCCCCGAGGAUGAGCUUGCUGUGAAGGAGCCAGCCAAGGCAAGCAAGAAGGGGAAGAAGAAGUCUUCAAAGACGAAGAAGGUAACUGCAUAAUGAUUUCGAGGCGUUUUUUAUACCUACUUAGUUUACUAUAAAUUUAUGAGACCUUGUUAUCGGGAAAGGUCUGCGCACUUUAUCAGAAAAAAACCUGAAUGUUGCGUGUAUAUUAUGAAUGGAAAUAUGCUUCUAUUUUGAUCA